CUAGUGCAGUUCUGCCUCCCGCUCAGUCUUUCCCUGAAGCUCCCUGGUGGCUCUGGCUGGGGCUGGGGCUGUUCCAGACGCUCUCCCUGGUACUUCUUUUUGGCCAGCUUUGGCCACUCCGUUUGAAAGGUCUUUGACUUAACUUGGGCAGCACCUUCCCCGACGACCACUGGCUAAGCUUCACAGUGCUCUAAGAACAAAACAGAAGAACAAAAUGGAAAAUAUGCUACUCUGGCUGAUAUUUUUCACACUCGGGUGGAUCCUCACUGAUGGAUCUAAAACAGAAGAGGAUUUCAUGUGGCAUUUGAGAAAAAUACCCCAGAUUGUCAGUGAAAAGACUUUCCACCUCACCAGCCCAACAUUUGAAGCUGAUAGGAAGAUAAUGUUAAGCAGAGUGUGUGGCAUUGAAUGCCAGAAGGAACUCCCAGCUCCCAGCCUUUCUGAAUUGGAAAAUUCUGUUUCCUAUGAGACUGUCUUUGAGAAUGGCACUAGAACCUUGACCAGGGUGAAAGUGAAAGGUCUGGUCCUUGAGCCCACUCAGAAUAUCACCACAAAAGGAGCAUCUAGUAGGAGGAAGAGGCAGGUGUAUGGCACAGACAGCAGAUUUAGCAUCUUGGACAAGAGAUUCCUAACCAACUUCCCUUUCAACACCGCUGUGAAGCUCUCUACAGGCUGUAGUGGCGUUCUCAUCUCCCCCAGCCAUGUCCUAACGGCUGCCCACUGUGUCCACGAUGGAAAGGACUAUAUCAAGGGUAGUAAAAAGUUGAGGGUGGGGUUGUUAAAGAUGAGAAACAAAGGUGGUGGCAAAAGACGGAAGGGUUCAAAGAGCAGGAGAGAAGCCAUUGGUGGUGACCAAAGAAAGGGCAAUAAAGAAAACCUGAAGAAGAGGGUCAAGACAGGAAGAAGAAAGGAAUCUAGUCAAGGCCAAAAGGUCACUGAAGGGAAACCUUCCUUCCAGUGGACCAGGGUUAAGAAUAUGCACAUUCCCAAAGGCUGGGCCAGAGGAGGGAAGGGGGAUGCUGCCUUGGACUAUGACUAUGCUCUUCUAGAGCUGAAACGUCCUCACAAAAAGAAAUACAUGGAACUAGGAAUUAGUCCAACCAUCAAGAAACUGCCUGGAGGCAUGAUCCACUUCUCUGGAUUUGAUCAUGACAGGGCGGAUCAGUUAGUGUACCGGUUUUGUAGUGUGUCAGAGGAAUCCAGUGACUUCCUUUAUCAAUAUUGUGAUGCUGAGUCUGGCUCUACUGGCUCCGGGAUCUAUCUGCGUCUGAAAGAGCCAGGCAAAAAGAACUGGAAGCGCAAAAUUAUUGCAGUCUACUCCGGCCACCAGUGGGUAGAUGUCCAAGGUGUUCAAAAGGAUUACAACGUGGCAGUACGCAUCACCCCCCUCAAGUAUGCCCAGAUUUGCCUCUGGAUUCAUGGAAAUGAUGCCGAUUGUACUUAUGGCUAAUUAAUCCUCAAGUGAGGCCAUGGAUUAUAUAUUUUUCAGAGAACACCUGUUCUAUUACAGUAGAAUAACUUCAUAGAUUAUACCUGGAUUUGAGUCUUAUCAAUAGCACUUCAAUAUUUUAAUGAAUUUUAUUUCUCAAAAUUAGAUUUUUCAUUCAUUUAAGGAAUGUCUAGGCACAGAUAUUAAAGUAUGAAUAGAUAGGUACUUCAAAGCCAAUUAUACAUUCUUUUGUUACAUUACUCUGAUUUGUGGAAAAAAUUAUCUUCUGAAAAAUAAAAUACUCUUGUCAAACUGG